AUGCUCCAAACUCUUCGUCAAUUCCUCGAAAAGAUUAAGGACAUUAAACCGCCUCCAGCCAAUAAGAAUGCCAUUUCCGUUCCAUAUCCUCUUCCCAACACUUCAGAGCCAUGGGUUCUAGGUGUCUGCAUCCAACUGGCCUCACCUAUCUAUCCAAUUUUGCCUAGGAAACUGCUUCCAUUCUUAGAAUCUCCAGUCCCCUUCAUUGCUGGUAUACACGCCUGUAUGUUUGAGGAAGCGAAGCCUUAUAUCACUUACGGAACCCGAGUCGUGGAUCUUGAUGGUCAGGGCAUCUACGUGAACAUGCCACCUGAAGAACUUGACAACGAGUCAAUGCCAGCGCCCAUUCUGAACUACUUCGGUGUGGACUUCACCGAUAUGGAUCGAUUCCUCAAAUCGGCAAUGACCACGAAAAGCGAUGAGUUGGAACGUUGGAAGACCUCUAAAUUACCCAUCCAAAACUACCUCAUUCAUCAAGCUGAACCCUUCUUCUCCAUUAUUGUCAAUCUUCUUGGAUCCUAUGGGGUGUCCUACGUGGUCUGUGUUCCCUCGACGAAUGAUCAUGAUGGAGUCCGAGGCUAUACGUGUGUGAUGCCGAUCGACCAGCGCUACUACGGGGAAUGCAAAAACGCAGCAGGCCAAGUGGAUUUCCAGCAAAUGAUUGCAUGUCAAGCCUGCCCGUCUCUGGAACCCUUUCUGCAACGACUCUACGAGUCUCAGAUGGUUCAUUGUUUUGUGGAUGAUCGUUUGUCCGAGCACACAGUGGAUAACUUCGAUAUUCAAGCGCGUCCUUUGGUGAACAGUUGCAAGGAGAGGUUGAUGCGAAGCCCCUACGCCAAGCCAAACUUUGGCGAUCUUAGGUGGAUUGAGUCCAAGCGAUCGGUUUCCGCCAAUGGUAUGAUUAAUAACCAACUUAGACGCAAGUUUGGCCGACAAUUGGAUAAACUGAAAAAUAAAACAGUAGGGAAAUCCUCAAAAUCAAAUCAAGAUAAGAAGGGGAGUGAGAAAAACACUGGACGGACACCAACUUUGGAUCAUUCAAAAAGCACCGUUACGGCCAAAAAUGGCUCGGAUGUCACCUACGAAUCAUCGUCGAGUAACUAUCGAGCGCCUGCGGCACGAGCCACACUUCCAGCACCACCAGGGUCAGCAAUCCACCGGAAUUCUAAUAGUUCUUCCUCUGCUCGAACUUCAGUUACAGCUCGACCGCUCCAACUCGCCCUGCCUGUCACCUCCGCUUCGUCAGGUUCCACCAAGACAGGCGCUCGUUCGACGUACUUCGAAAGAUAUGGAGCAAUUGGUGAUAAGUGGAAUCAGGGAAGCCUCCCCUCCCCCGAAGAGAACCUCUCCGUUCCACCGGGUAUCACUCUGGGAUCGAUCGGUAUCACCACGCCACAAUCGCCUGAAGUCUCUGAGAUUCCCAUCACGCCGACGGCCAUCUCCCAACCGCACCCCCCUAUACCACCGAAAAACUUCACCCACCUUCCUCCAGGAAUCUUCUUCCCAUCCGAUAAGAUUGUCUUUGCUACUAUGCUAAUGCGCCCACAGAAGUUGAAGUAUAGCCACGCUAGUUCAGCUAAAGAGGGAAGAAGGGGUAACACCUGUUCUUCCUCUUAUGAAUGA